UGCGGGAUCCCACGGAUCAAAAACUGCCGAUCUCGCCAUGUGCUGCUGGAAGAAUUCCCGCGUGACGGGCGAUGUCUUCGCGGAGCCACCGCCGUGCCCUGCCGCAGUGUCUGCAGAGACAAUCAAGGAGAUUUUUGGCCGCGCCAAGCAGAUGCAAGACAAGGUCGGCGGCACGGCUGGGGCGGAGCUGGCGCACACUUCGCUGCCGGCGGAGCACUGGGGGCUGAGCCGCCUGCAGCUGUUGGAGCUGGCCACGCAGCUCCAUAAGAUGAUGGAGACUGGCGACCUGACGAACAGAUCCAGGAUGGAGUGCCGGCAGCGAAGGAUCCCCUACUACGAUGAGGAGAAAUUCCAAGACGUGGACAUUGGGCCCACCAUGCAUCAGGUGAAUGCUGGGUACAUCCAGCCUACGACGCUCCAAAAGGACGCCGCCCAUGGAAUUCCAUGCCUGAGCUACGCCUUGCAUCAAAAUGCGUACGGUCUCCGUUGUGACCUCUUCAUCUCGCACGCUUGGUCGGAAGGUGUCUUCGAACUAUGCCACACGGUGGAUAGGAGCUGGCCACUGCAGUGCGUGGGAGCCUACAUUUGCUCGAUGGCCAACCCGCAGAAUCUGCCAGAACUCAUGAGCCACUUGAUUCAAACACCUCGAGAGUCUCCAUUCUUUCGAGUGUUGACGACGCGGCCCAGGGAGAUGCUGAUGGUUGCGAACUCCAAUGUGCCGAUCCACUCGAGGCUUUGGUGUGUCUAUGAGGCCCACUGUGCAAAACUUCUGAAGAUCUCCAUGUCUGUGGUGGGAGAUCCUGCGCAUUUCGCCACCAACGCCAGCGCCUCGCAGAGCGCGCUGCACGCCAUCCGUGGUGCCGUGGAGGCGAAGCGCCGAGAGCUGGCCAUUGCGGCGGCCAGCGAAGAUGCGGCCAUGGAUAUGGACAUCAUCGCGGCAGGGGUGUACCACCGCCGUCUGCAGCGCUGGGAAAAACGCGCGCAGCGCCAAACGGCCGCUGCGAUGCAACGCAUGAAGCGGGCCUUGGAUGUGCGGAAGGCCAAAUGCAGCUCACCCGAAGAUGGCGCUGCUAUUCUCGGAGAGAUCGGUCACGACGUGGAGGAGAUCAACGCCAUGCUCUGCAGCUUGAUCCUCCAGGACCAGCUGCAGCGUGUGCCUUCGCCGGGGGCUUCGGGCGACCGGGUGAAGCUCACGUGGUAUCCAGGUCAAGACAUGAUUGAGGGCCUUGCCGUGAUGUUUGGCUGCUGAUGGCGGGAUGAUCAUCCCAUGGUUCUCUGUUAGGGGCUGGAGUUGUUUCAUGAC